AUGGAAUCUUCUUGUUUUCCACCCCUGGGUUCUCUCAGUUUGAGAGAAUCUAAAAAAUGUAAAAAUUACGGUAAAGAAUCGCGAAGGUCAAUAACGGGUCCUCCGAACGUUGUCUUAUCGUCAGAUGAUGAUGAUAAUAACGAAUUCGGUCCGAACGGGAAAAUCGAAAUACUUCAAGAUUUGGAUCUUUAUUACAUUCGUCAAAUAGCUCAUAAUCUCAAGGUAAGAAGAGAUUUCAUUUUAAUUCUUAAUUCGAAGGAAAAGGUUUUUUCCCCAUCGUUUGUUUGUUUGUUUGUUUGCGAUUAA